CAAUCUGUGUGUAUGUUCGCACAGUCGAUCUGCUGGAGGAAGCAGGGAUGCUGUUUCUUAUGAAAAAUUCCUCAGUUUCCUCUAGGAUUUCCUACGGAAGUUGCUUCGGCUAUGGCCUCGAAAACGUGAAAACAGAACCAAAGCAUUACUAGUGAUCUUGCAUCCCUGAAACACAGUCGAGCGCGGGCGUGUGAGUCGAGAUGGCUCCCUUACUUGAGCACACGACGGAUUUGACAUCCAAAGUGAUGCUGAUCACAGCUAAUGUGGGGUCAAUAUUUGAAGAUCUUUCCCGGGAAGGACCCAGCUUAACUGACUUCACGCCUGAGCGAAUGCUGAAGAUGUGGCUGAAUGAAUUUGUUGCAACUGUGACCAAGCUCCAGCCCAUGUUCCUAGCUAUUCACAUGCAAGAAGUUGGGGGCAAGAAUUAUGAGGAAUCCAUGCAAUAUGUUAACCACUUCAUCAAAACCAUGCUUGCAAGUGAGGAUUUGGAGUGCUACGAUAAAGCCAGAGUGUUUCUGGAUGAAGACUUCACAGCAGUUGAUAAAUUCACGGCUCUGGGAAGUUUGUAUUUCGCCCACGUAUCUAUGACUGCUGUUGAAGUCUUUGACUUCCAAGCCAAGAAAUUUGUUCCCUUUGUCGGAAGGGAGGUUCUUUCUGGCAACAUUGAAAGUGUUCCCAUUAAAGAAAAGGCCAAGUUUCCUCAAAAUUAUUUUCCAGAGUGUCGUUGGUCUAGAAAGGGAUUUAUCAGAACAAGGUGGAAUAUUUGUGGCAGUAUCUUUGAUUUGAUCAACAUUCAUUUAUUUCAUGAUGCAAACAAUAUUGAGGCCAUGCUGCAGGUGAGAAAUCACGCUUAUACUAAUUAUGCAGUGAUUUUUGAAAAAUGAGAAUUUUUUUAAUAUAAUAUAGAGAAUUGU